CCCGCCCCCGGCCGCUGACUGACAUGGGGGGUGGUCGGAGGGGUCCGCCCAAAGGCUUGCAGGGUCCUGUCAGGGCUACUGAAAUGUGGGGUGGAGGGGAGGACUGGUAUUUCCCCUCUCAGCUCUUGCAAUAGCAGGUGUUUAUAAACAUUUGUGUGAAGCAAGAAGAGGCAAGAUGACAUCUACAAAACUAAAGAUGAGUAAGAACAAGGAUGACGCUCCCCAUGAGCUGGAAAGCCAGUUUAUUCUGCGGCUGCCUCCGGAAUAUGCCUCCACUGUGAGGAGGGCAGUACAAUCUGGAAGUGUCAACCUGAAGGAUAGACUUACUAUCGAAUUACACCCGGAUGGGCGUCAUGGGAUUGUCCGUGUAGAUCGCGUCCCAUUAGCUGCCAAGCUGGUGGACCUGCCCUGCAUCACCGAGAGCUUAAAAACCAUAGAUAAGAAAACAUUCUAUAAGACAGCGGAUAUUUGUCAGAUGCUCGUGUGUACUGUGGACGGUGAUCUCUACCCUCCUCUGGAAGAGCCAGCUGUGAGUACUGACCCCAAGGCAAACAAGAAAAAGGACAAGGACAGAGAGAAGAAAUUCAUCUGGAACCAUGGCAUUACUCUUCCUCUGAAGAAUGUAAGGAAGAGGCGGUUCAGGAAAACCGCUAAGAAGAAGGCCCAGUACAUUGAGUCUCCAGACGUGGAAAAGGAGGUGAAGCGUCUGCUGAGUACAGAUGCUGAAGCUGUCAGUGUCCGCUGGGAAGUUAUUGCUGAAGAUGAAACAAAGGAAGCAGACAACCAUGGUUCACUCACCGGCUUGGACAUCUCCUCUCCUGGGAUGUCUGGACACAAGCAAGGCCAUGGCUCAUCGGAACAUGAUGAGUUGCGGGAGAUAUUUAAUGACAUCAGCAGCAGCAGCGAAGAUGAAGAUGAGAGAGAUCAUCAUGAUGAUGAAGAUUUGAAUAUCAUGGACACAGAAGAAGACUUGGAGAGGCAACUUCAGGACAAACUGAAUGAAUCUGAUGGGCAGCAGCAGGAGAACGAGGGAACAAACCAGAUAGCCAUGGGGAUCCAAAAGCAGAUUGACAACCUGAAGGGUAAACUCCAGGAGACCCAGGAACGGAGAAAGCGCCAGGAAGAUCUCAUCAUGAAAGUAGAGAAUCUUGCUCUCAAGACCCGUCUCCAGGCUGUGCUGGAUGAAUUCAAACAGCAGGAAGACCGAGAGAAGCAGCAGCUCACCUCUCUGCAAGAACAACUGGAAUCCCUUAUGGAGAAGUGAGGAGGGCUUUUGAUCAGGGCAGAAGCUGUACCCGCCAAGCGGGCAUAGUGCUGAGAUGGAUGCUUCACCCAUGGGUUCUGGAGCCAUCCUCUGUGCUGAAGACCUGACGUUACUGCCACGACCUCACUGCCUAUAAGCCUACUCCUGUUAAUGUUGGAACUCUAUAUUCUCCUGGACACUGUUUCUAGAGCUGCUGGCUGAUGUUCCUUGUGCUGGACAGUGUAGCCCAAACCAUUAACCUUUGAAGAAAGAAAGGCACUAAUCUGGAGUUGGUCCUCUGAGAGCAGCAGAAACACAUGGGUAGUGGUUUAGUUGCACCACUGGGGGAGAUAGUUCCUUGACUAGUUUGACCCAUCUUUCUCUAAGUGGAAAUCAUUCAUACCUUGGAAAACUCCUUCAAAGGCACUUUGCUUCCCGACAGGCUAAUCCACAGCCCUGUCGCUCUGGGUCACCUUAGCUCAUGGUGCCAGAAAGCUGUGCUGAGCAAAGGGCAGGAUUAACCCCCCCAUGCACUGCGCAGGCCUGGAGGAGCAGAACCAGGUCAGGGCAUCACCUGGUUGUUGCUAUCAUCUGAACCUGCAAACCAGCAUUCUCUGAGGGGGACAUCUGCUUCCUUAACAGACUUUCUGACAGGGGUCUGCAGUGGUGGGAGUUUGUGCCCAUGCUUGGGGAACAUCUCCUUGAACAAAACUAGAAUGAAUAAAGUGUGUAUGUUUCCAA